AAAAAAUGCAACAGCUGAGGAAGAUUGGCAAUCACAGUGUAAACAUUGCUGAGUGAAGACAUCUGAGGACAUCUUGACAAUGUCAACAUUUUCCAAAUCAACAAAAACAACCACAACAUCAGCGCCACCACGAUAUUGCACCUUACCCACCCAACAAGGAGAAGCCUUCACCUAUGCCCUGUAUCUACAUCGCGAAGAGUUGAGGAGAAGCCGUUCCUCAGUCGGUGUCAAACGCACCAAAUUGCUGCUCACACAAGAACUCAUCUCGAAAACUAUUAAGAAUAUCAACAAAUGCUCCGCCGAUGAUUUACAAAUUCUCAGCCGUGAGACGAUUUUCAAAAAGAAUUUACAUCGCGAAAUAGCCCGACAGAGACAUCGCCAUUAUUUGCAUAUGUUGCGUCUGAAGAAUCAGCAGCAGGAAAUAAUUGCCGAGAAUCGGGUGUAUUUACAUGGAGAGAGUUGUCGUGCGAGGCAGGAGUUGAACCAGAACUCGUAUAAUGCCGCAUCGUCGCAGGCCAUGGAAGUUAGUCACUAAGUUUCAAAUGUUUAAAAAAUAAUUCUAAAAUGUUUUUUUAUUUGCAUUUAUUAUAUUUUGUAUAUAUUUAAAAAGAAAUAAACAAGUUAAAAAUUA